AGUCCAUUAAAAUGCCCGAACUCAAAACACUUCUUUUUCCAAGAUGGCGUCGAUGAAGGACAGCGACACUGGCCUGUGGCUUCACAACAAACUGGGCUCCACGGACGAGCUGUGGACGCCGCCGAGUAUCGCAUCGCUCCUCACUGUGUCCGUGAUCGACAACAUACGGCUCUGCUUCUCCAGCUUGUCGCCACCGGUCAAACUGAAACUCCUACUCGGGAUGCUCCAUCUUCCCCGGCGGACUGUGGACGAGAUGAAAGAAGCCCUCUCAGAGAUAAUCCAACUGGCCACAGUGGACUCCGAGCCCUGGGUGCUCAUGGUUGCAGACAUCCUCAAGUCCUUUCCAGAGACGGGCUCUCUCAAUUUGGACUUGGAGGAGCAGAAUCCAAAUGUGCAGGACAUCCUAGGAGAGCUCAGAGAGAAAGUGGGGGAGUGUGAGGCGUCCGCUAUGCUUCCUCUAGAGUGCCAAUACCUGAAUAAGAGUGCAUUGACCACACUGGUGGGACCCCUUACUCCCCCCGUUAAACAUUUCCAACUGAAGAGGAAGCCCAAGAGUGCUACGCUCAGAGCCGAGCUAUUGCAGAAAUCCACAGAGACAGCGCAGCAGCUGAAGAAGACCGCCGGAGUGCCUUUUCAUGCCAAAGGGAGAGGAUUAGUCAAAAAAAUUGACACGACAACGCCUCUCAAGGGGAUUCCUAAGGCCCCAUUCCGCAGCCCAACAGCACCGAGUAUGUUUAGCCCCCCCAGCAACCGCACGCCCAUUGCCCCUGCACGCACGCCGCUGCGCAAGGAGCGUGGGGUCAAGCUUUUAGAUAUUUCUGAGCUGAAUAUGGUCGGAGCUGGAAGAGAGGCAAAAAGGAGACGAAAGACUUUGGACACAGAAGCAGAUGAGAAAGCAGCCAAAGAAGAAGCAGUGGUGGAAAACACCACACCGGAUUAUGCUGCCGGUCUAGUCUCCGCACAGAAACUGGGGGCGCUGAACGAGAAUCCUCUUCCAUCAACCAGCUACCUACCAGCUACGCCCAGCAUGGUUCCAUCGUCCUCCUACAUUCCCAGCUCUGAGGCACAGCCAGCAAACGCAGGUGGGUCAGGGCGGGAGACGCUUCAGUUGGCCCGCCAGCCAGAGGAGUCGGCGACGGCAGGCGCAGGCACCACCGCUGCCACUCUCCCGGGCCAAUACAAGCAGAGGACACCCAUGUAUAACGCCAACACCACGGCCAACCCGGCCACCCCGACAUCCCCCAGCACGCCGGCAUCCACCCCCGCCAGCAACGGGCCACCGGCUGCUGCGACUGCGGGCCAGCCUGAGAUGCCCACCCAGCCUCCCAAUACCCCUCAGACACCCACACCAACACCCGCCCCCACACCAACACAGCCUCAGCCCAAAAAGAAUCUUUCACUUACGAGAGACCAGAUGUAUGCGGCUCAGGAGAUGUUCAAGACGGCCAACAAGGUCACCAGACCAGAGAAGGCCCUCAUCCUGGGCUUUAUGGCAGGAUCCAGAGAGAACCCGUGUCCAGAGCAGGGUGACAUCAUCCAGAUCAAGCUGAGCGAGCACACAGAGGUUUUGCCCAAAGCGGACGGCACGGGCAGCACCACCAUGCUGGUGGACACCGUAUUCGAAAUGAACUACUCCACGGGCCAGUGGACUCGCCUCAAAAAGUACAAACCCAUCACCAACACCUCAUGAGGGGGGGUGGAAACAGGUGGACCUUCCCCCUUUGCUCACAUUUUCAGAUUGUUUACACACGUUCAGAGUUUGAUUCCACAUCGGGGCCAAAUUGAGCAGCCAGCGCAGGAGAAUAUUUUGAUCUCAUUUGGUUAUUUCUCAGUUUGUCCCCACCAGGCACCUUUUCAACGUGACGUACAAACGUCUUUUGUAUGAAUGUGUCACACAAACACUGAGCGCUCUUCUGUUUGGAAACAUUUUUGCCCACCCCCUUUGUUUUUCCCCAACCAAAGGGAAGAAAAAGUGACAACAGACUGUUAAGACAUUGGUCAUCUGUGUGAAUCAAUUAAAGCUAUUCCAAUUGGUCUUUGAGGUGGUUGUGGUUGUCGCUGUUUACAAAAAAAUGAAGCAAUUGAGAUAUUUUUAUUAUGUGAUUGAGGAGAGUUGCAGCAUUAAGCGGCACUACAGUCGAUAUAUCAGCACCUGAGACUUACAAGAAAUGAUAGGAUGGCUGAUUUAAAAAAAUCCAUGCCUUCCAUUCCCUUUACAACAAUUCAUUUCAAUUUUUUUCCCUUUCAUUUUUUUCUAACUAAUAAUAGUCACAAACUAAAGCACCAAUGUUUACCUCGACAAACCAACCCCUCCCUCCCAUGUGAUUAUUUUCAAAAACACAUUUUGGAAGCAGUUGGAAAAGAGCAUGAAAUAAUUUCAAAGAUUUUAGUAGCAAUUGAAAGAUCCCAUUGUGGCAUUCAUCUGGUGGGAGGAGGCUCUAGUUGCUCCCGGGCUCCCUCCAGCCUCCAAAGGACUUCUCCAGGUAGAGUGCCACGGCCAGGGACUGACGAUCCUGCAGCUUCCCCGUCACUACCUGAACACCCAGGGGGAGACCCUCCUCGUUAAGCCCCAAAGGGCACUGGGUGACAGGUAGGCCCAGAAUAUUUAAGAUCCCUAAGAAUGGGGUGGGGGGGGAAUAUGAUUUUACUUGUUGAAAGACAAUCAAAGAGUAAUUAGAAUACUGUGCUACACUACCAGUGUAGGCGAAGUCAAAGGGUCUAAAAAGACAGUGGUGGUGUUUGGGGGCCACUCUGGGGUGUGAUGGGUAAAGAAACACUCCAUCAGUCCCCAGCAGCUCCUCCACUUCCUUCUGGAGCUUCUCCUUCAUCUGGAUAAGGGAAGUGGAUGGUUUGGACGCGUGCAUCUUCUCUACCAAAGUCAGACCUGUAGGCCCCACAUGCACAUUAAUUCAUGAGCUCCCACAAAGGCCACACUGGGCGGCCCGCCUCUCCCAGCAGCUCAGCGAAGGGAACAGGAGGCUGCAGGAGAACACAUCUAGUGUACAUGUCCCAUUUAAGGUUAAGAGUGUCGUCUCCUCACACCUUGCCAUCUUUGCCAGGAAGCCCCAUGAAGGUGUCCCAGAUCUGGAAGCCAUGUCGGAGCUCUGGGAAGUGCACUUCUUGGACUGUCACCCCGAGAUCCGCUUCCAGACGUUCCACCACCUGAGGAAAGAAACGGGUGGUCUUAUGGCCAAAUAUUCCAUUGAAGAAGCAGGGCAUGCGGAUGCUGCCGCCAAUGUCCGAGCCCAUCCCAAUGACCGCACCUGCCGCAGCCAGCAAGCUACCCUCUCCACCUGAUGGAGAGCAACAUAAAAAAAGAAAAUCACAAUUGUUGUACGGGUUGCUGGUGAUGCCGUACAGGUGGUUGUUCGACUCAGCCCACAUGCACCCCUCGCUGGUGUUGGUCACACCCAGUGGGAUGGCUCCUGCCCGCUUCAUCAGGGCCACAGGGGGGGCGUCAGCAGUGGCCACGACUCCACGCCUGGAAAUGAUGCCCGUUGUGAAGGGCAUGCCUGAUGCAGGGGCAACAACAAUAAAGUAAAAGGAGGUUCAA